GGGCUGCAGCCGAACAUGGAGGCGGAGGAGGAGGAGCGGUCCCUGGCCGCUCUCUGCUCCGUCUUCAGCCGGAGCUCUCCCCCGCUGCUGGGCGGACAGAGCCCCGGGCUGCAGCGGCUGCAGGCGGCGCUGCUGCGGCGGAGCAGGGCGCGGGAGGUGGCGGAGCGGCAGCGGCGUCGGCGGCUGUACCUGCGGCGGAGGAGAGCCUUCCUGCUGUCCUCCAUUGCCGCCAUGCUCAGCCUGCUCUCCUCCACCCGCAGACCCGUGUGGGUCAAGCGGAGACCCCCCGGCCAGACCUUCUGGUCCGUGGCCGAGCUGUUCGACGAGGACGAGUGGAAGGCUCAGUUCCGGGUGUCCCGGGAAACCUUCGACUACCUGCUGCGGCUGCUCGGCCCGGCCAUCCGGCGCCGGCGCACCAACUACCGGGUCCCCAUCGAGCCGCGCCGCCGGCUGGCCAUCGCGCUGUGGUGGCUGGCCCGCUGCGGGGAGUACCGCUGCAUCGCGGGCAUGUUCGGCGUGGGCAUCGCCACCGUGUGCAACAUCGUGCGGCAGGUGACCGCGGCCAUCGUGGAGCGGCUGCACCGGCGCUUCGUGCAGCUGCCGCGGGGCCAGCAGCUGCACGACACGGUGCGCGCCUUCGCCGCCCGCCGCUACCCGCAGUGCGCCGGGGCCAUCGGCGGCACGCACAUCCCCAUCGCCCCGCCGAGGGACCACCCCGACCACUACCUCAACCGGGGGGGCUGGCACUCCGUCAUCCUGCAGGCGGUGGUGGACCACCAGCUCCGGUGGGUCCCUGUGGCGAGCAGCCACCACUCUAGGGUCGCCACCCGUCCCUUAAGCCUGCUUUAUGGUUCUGCGUUAAAUCGACGCAGAGCCUACGGCGUAAGUUUCACAGAUGUGUAUGCUGGCUGGCCAGGAAGCACCAGCAGCUCUGCAGUUCUGUGCAGCUCUGACCUGUACCUGAAGGCCGAGGACCGGCCCGAUGGUUACCUGUUUCCCAGAGAGAAGUCUCUGCUGUACGACGACGUGGAGAUCCCGGUCCACCUGAUCGGCGACGCCUCGUACCCGCUGAAGCCCUGGCUGAUGAAAGGCUACAUCGAGGAGCACCAGCUGUCCCCGGAGCAGCAGCGCUUCACCUUCACACUGGCAUCGGUGCGUUCGGUGGUCGACGCCGCCUUCAUGCGGCUGAAGGGACGCUGGCGGUGUCUGCUGAAGAAGAGCGACAUUGACGUUUCUAUGAUGCCUCGAGUCGUGGUCUCGUGCUGCGUCUUGCACAACAUCUGUGAGCAGCGAGGAGACGCGUUUCUUCCCGAGUGGAGCGUUGAGACGGCGCCUUCAGGAACUUACCUGAUCCAGCCGGAGAUGGAGGCGUAUGAAGGGGACGUGUAUUGCGCUGCAGAAGUGAUCCGGCAGACCAUCGCCUUCAACCUGCUGUAAUUCCUGCAUUACUGAACUCCCACUGUGAAUAUCACAGCUCUGGUCAGCUGAGGAGCACAGUCAUUUUAUCCGUAGUUUUUGUCUCACUUUUAAGUUUUCAGAUCACUUUGGUUUCAACUUUUUUCAAAGGUUGACACAAUUUUCUGAGGUCUUAAUGAAAUAUCUGUGUGAUUUCUUGGUCUAUGUAACAGAUAUACAGUACGAGACACUCUUUACAACAAUAUCUUUACAGCUUUGUUUAAAGCAGCUGAUUUUAGGGGCUGGAGUCAGACACCCCCACCCGUCUUUUUAAAUCAAUUUCAAGAGUUUUACACUACCCACCUCUUUACACUCCCCAAGGCAGCAAAAUGUACAUUUAGGUCUAGACAGAGAUGGGGAGGCUUUAUAAUUGGAUCUGAGGAUCAGCGAUACCCUGGUGCUGGCUGGUGCCAGUUCCAGUUCAGAGCUGGUUUUAAUUUGAAACCUUUUUAGAACUGGUUUAGUUUUCCACAUAGAUCCACAUCAAUACAUUUUGUCAGUGUUGAAUCUCCCUUUACCGUUCUCUGAAUUUCUGCAGAGAAGAACAGGUCACAAAGGACAUAAGUGUAUUCCUUCAAAACCAGUCUCUUAAUAUUGCCGGUCUGUCUUAUAAUGAUGGUUUUAUUUGAUGUUUACGAAUGCUCCUUGCUCUGCCGACCAGCAUUUCCACAUUUUGACAGUAUUUGUGUAUGCUUCUAUGAACACUGUAACCUCUUUUUGCAGCCGGAGGCAGACAUUUUCCAGGACACCUCACCAUUUGUUGAGGAAAACCAGUGGGGUUUUUGUUUUAGUGUAUUGACAGUUGAACUUUGUCAGUGUUUUCCAAGUGUCAUGACGUCAGCCAGUGUUCCUGGCUGGCUAACUGUUCAGCUUCUUUGUUUUUUCUUGCAUUGUAUCAGUUUUUCUGGAUCUAAACAACAGAGGUCAAAGCUUCUACUUUUGCUUUUUUUUUUUAGGUCUGAAUGAUCAGAAUUGUUAUUGUUUCCAAUAGCUAAAGGUUCCCAAAUGACUAAUAAACAAUGUUAAAUAGA